UUUUAUUCAGAACGCGGUGUUUUUCAUUGAUAAACCUGGGAAACUUAGCAGAACUUCCCAUUUUUUCCAGAAACUAUGCUUUCUUCUAGAUUCGUAAACAGCAUUUCCAAGAGAAGCUUCAUUUCUUCUGGAUACAGUUACCCCGAACGUCACUUGAUUUUAUCACAGCACCGUCCGAUCUUCACCACGUCACCUGUCCACUCCUCAUGGAUGGCCUCGAUCAAAGAGGUCUUCACCGGCAAGAAGACCUCUCCAGAUGAUCAUGUAACUAGUGCCGAAUCCUUCACUCUCCUCCGAUUUGCCGAUGAACUGAAGAAUGCUAGAAAUGUAGGGAAAUUUAAGCAAUACAUAGUUGGUAGAACCAGCGAGGCUACGUUUGAGGAUGUUUUUGAGAAAAAAUUAGCCAUCGUUAGGUAUCUUGGAGGUUGUGAUCCGACCGGCGAGAAUCUCCAACUGAGUCAAAAGAAAGAAGCUGCAAAACAGUGUGAUUGUACCUUAUUAGAUGUUGAGAAUGCGCUUGCGAAGUUCACAUGGGCUAAAGAAGUUCAUAAGAAGAUGGUUAAGCUGAAAGAGGAAGGCAAACCGAUGCCAAAGAACUUUGCUGAGGUGCAAAAGCUAAUGGGUUCAACACCAUUGGAUCUUGCCAAGUUUAACAUGGCAAAGAGUGGAGAAAUGAGCCGUAAUGCUUCUUGUCCAUGUGGUUCCAAGAAGAGAUACAAAAGGUGCUGUGGUAAGGAUCCGUAGAUUCAAAGAGAAAAGGGAUGAGAAGUGAACCAUACACUAAUCUUGGGCUUAGCUUUGCACAAAUCCUCAAUGAACUGGUAUAAAGCAUCUCCAUGCAGUUGCGGAUGACAUUAUUCUACGAUUCACUUGGAAGUUAAUGUUCUCAGUUGGAUAACUUUGCCUUUGUAGAAAGAUUUUGCAUAGGGACAGGUGUUCAAAUGUGUCUAUAGGGUUGGCCGGGUCGAAGUUUGAAUUUUUUGUUUGCUUAUUCAUGCUCGGUUGGGCUGUUUGUUUCACUGUUUUUGAAAUAUUAAUAUAUUUAUUUUAUUUUUUUGUUA